UUUAAUGCAUCACUUGUCACUAAAAUUUCAGUUCUCAUCUUUCUGACCCAAAAUAUCAUUCAUCGGAUAAGAAUUUUCCCAGAAAGAGCUGGUGGGGGCUGCAAAAAUGGCCGGAAAGUAGACUCCAUGCGCACCAAUUUUUGUAUGCACUUCAGUACUGUGUUAUAUUGGGUUAGAUAACACAAAUCCUUGGUGGGUUUUCGCACUAAACAUUAGAGAAAACAGAGGGAGCAAAAAAGUUGUUUUCUUUUUUAAGAAAUAAAAAAUUCUCUCCCAAUCCCACCUGGACGGUUCGUUUCAUAUUUCUUUCACUGAAUUCUUGAGUGUCCUUCGAUUUCCUUUCCCCCCCUUUUUGUGCACUCAGUGAUUUAUUACUGAUUUUGCGUCACUGCUCAGUUUGUUUAUUUAAGAUUGGUGUGUCACUUGGGAAUGGCUAUGGCGGCCACUGCCCUUUGGAACCUGCCUUCUGCUCUCUUCCAUGGAAAUCCACACAGAAAUGAAAUUGGGUUUCUGGGUAUGUCGAGACAGCCCAUCAAGUAUCUCAAAUACAAUCUUAGAGCUCCGGUUGUGAGAUGAAGGGGGAAGGAUGUGGUUAAGUUGUGGAACUUGUUGUUUAUGGGGCAAUCGUGUGAAAUGUUUGUGUAGAUGCCAAUCAACUGACGUUGGUGAACCGAAAACAAAAAGAAAUCUUCUUGACAAUGCUAGCAAUCUUCUUACCAAUUUGUUAAGUGGUGGAAAUUUGGGAUCUAUGCCGAUAGCUGAAGGUGCAGUCUCUGAUUUGUUCGGCCGCCCACUCUUCUUUGCUCUGUAUGAUUGGUUCUUAGAGCAUGGAUCUGUUUAUAAACUUGCCUUUGGACCAAAAGCAUUUGUUGUUGUAUCAGAUCCUAUCGUGGCAAAAUAUAUUCUUCGUGAAAACGCAUUUUCUUAUGACAAGGGAGUGCUUGCUGAUAUUCUAGAACCGAUCAUGGGCAAAGGACUUAUACCAGCUGAUCUUGACACUUGGAAGCAGAGGAGACGAGUUAUAGCUCCUGGGUUCCAUACCUAUUACUUGGAAGCUAUGACCAAAGUGUUCGCUGAUUGUUCAGAACGAUCAAUUCUGAAAUUGGAGAAGCUUCUUGGAGAAGGUGAACUACAGAAGGAUAAAACCAUUGAGUUGGAUAUGGAAGCAGAGUUUUCGAGUUUGGCUCUUGAUAUCAUUGGACUCGGUGUUUUCAACUAUGAUUUUGGUUCUGUAACCAAAGAAUCUCCAGUGAUUAAGGCUGUAUAUGGAACCCUUUUUGAAGCAGAGCAUAGAUCAACUUUCUAUAUCCCAUACUGGAAAGUACCUUUGGCAAGGUGGAUAGUCCCAAGGCAGCGUAAAUUCCAUAGUGACCUUAAGGUUAUUAAUGACUGUCUUGAUGGACUAAUACGAAAUGCAAGAGAAACCCGAGAGGAAGCUGAUGUUGAGAAAUUGCAGCAAAGGGACUAUUUAAAUCUCAAGGAUGCCAGUCUUUUGCGUUUCUUGGUUGAUAUGCGGGGAGUUGAUGUCGAUGAUCGGCAGCUUAGGGAUGAUCUGAUGACAAUGCUUAUUGCCGGGCAUGAAACAACUGCUGCUGUGCUUACAUGGGCUGUUUUUUUGCUUGCACAAAACCCUUCAAAAAUGAAAAAGGCUCAGGCAGAGAUCGAUUUGGUUCUUGGCAAGGGGAAGCCAACUUUUGAAUUAUUUAAAGAAUUGAAGUACAUCAGACUUAUCGUCGCAGAGACUCUUCGUUUAUUUCCUCAGCCACCUUUGCUAAUAAGACGAGCUCUCAAACCAGAUACAUUGCCAGGAGGAUACAAUGGGGACAAAAAUGGAUAUGCAAUACCUGCUGGGACUGACAUCUUCAUCUCUGUUUACAAUCUCCACAGAUCUCCAUACUUCUGGGAGAACCCUCAAGAAUUUGAACCAGAGAGAUUUCAAGUAAAGAGGGCAAGUGAAGGAAUUGAAGGGUGGGACGGUUUCGACCCAUCGAGAAGCCCUGGAGCUCUAUACCCUAAUGAGAUUGUAUCAGACUUUUCCUUCUUACCAUUUGGUGGAGGACCAAGAAAAUGUGUGGGUGAUCAAUUUGCUCUAAUGGAAUCAACUAUAGCACUGGCUAUGUUACUGCAGAAGUUUGAUGUGGAACUAAGAGGAAGUCCAGAAUCUGUUGAACUUGUUACUGGGGCCACUAUACAUACCAAAAGUGGGUUGUGGUGCAAAUUGAGAAGAAGAUCACAAGUGAAUUGAUAUAUGACAUUCUUGUUACCCAAAGAAUAUGGUACACUUAUCUGUGCAUGUAUGAUAAUACUUGGGAAAUUGUUUCUUUCUUUUCGUAAAAAGAGAUGUCAGUUCAUUUAUAAUAUGAUAAAAAUAACCAAAAAAUUGGUUUUGAGUUCAA